UCCCCCACAGGUCACAGGUCACAGGUCACAGGUCACAGGUCACAGGUCACAGGGGUAUCCGGUCACUUCGUUCCAUGGUCACUUUGUUCCAUGGUCACUUUGUUCCAAGUCACUUUGUUCCAUCUGUUAGUCACUUCGUACCAUCAAAGAGUCACUUCGUUCCAAAGAAUAGUCACUUACUUCCAAGGGGAAAUCUUACAAAUCUUACAAAUCUUACAAAGCUACUAAACACCUAAAGUGGAUAGAAUGUCGAUUUGAUAUAAACUUCUAGUUUACUUACAAAAGUAAACUAGGAGAAAUAUCCCAAUGAAAGUGUUUUAAUCUUUGCAUCAGACCAAAAAGAUCCCCAGGACUUGGAAUUUGAAAUUGCAGCAGACCAUAUCCCAUCAGAUUUCCUGCAUGCUGACAUCAGAGUGUGGUGUCGGAGACACCUAGUUUUCGCCACUGAUCAGCAGUUCAAGUUCCUUGCCCGUUCAAAGUCUUGGUACGUCGAUGCCACAUUUAUUAGCUGUGCCGCGGAGUAACUCGUUCGUAAACGAAGAUUCAAAACGGACCAAGCAUUCGUUAACUUCGAAUUUUCAGAAAAAUCUAUUGAGAAUAAAAGUUUAAUUACUUAGUUUGCCUCUGGAACGAAGUGACUAUUCUUUGGAACGAAGUGACUAUUUGGUGGAACAAAGUGACUCUUUGAUGGAACGAAGUGGUUGGAACGAAGUGACCAUGGAAUGAAGUGACUGUAAACUGUCACAGGUCACAGGUUGCACUUAAUUGAAACUUUGAUUAUUAAACAGUGAAUCUUGUUCCUGAAAAAUGCAAGAAAAGGAAAUACAGUUCUAAGUAGCACUGAGAAACGCUGUUCUUGUGCAGAGAAUUAUCUGCAGAAAUCUUGAGACUCUAGCUCGGCAGUUGAAGUGGAAAUAUCAGGGAACUGCGGGAAAUAUAGUUCUUUCACAUGAAAAGAUUUAUUUGGUAUGUUACUUGGCAAAUUGUGUAUGAAUCAUAUCAUACCCUGAUAAGUUUUCUUUCUUCAAAAUCUACUUUGGAAGUUCUGUAGUGCUGGGAAGCCACUGUUGUGACAGGUAACAUGCCGAUUUUGCUGGUGGAUGAAUUUACUACGUUCGAGUUCACUACCCACAACUGUCAGUUUGCCACCUAUUUCAUUCGCAUUCGCUACUAUUGAUAAAACUAAAACUUCACGAAACAAAAAUAUAUAGACCUAAGAUUUCAUGCACAUACAGAUUGUUCCUCAUUCUUUCAUUCAUUCCCGAGCCAAACUCAGUUAGGUGAGGGAGUGAACUUGGCCUGUGGGUAGCGAACAUGUAGCGAACUUGAACAUAGCAAACUCAAACAUAGCGAACUUGAAAAGUAGCGAAGCUGGCAUAAACCCAUUGUUACAUGGUCAACAUCAUAUUGAUGAGGUUCCACUUGUGCAGUUAUGUAGCUAUUUGUUAUCAGUAUAAUCGUAUUGGCCUUUGAGGAAUUGGGCGUAAUUGAUUCUUAUGAGUGGUAGCUGUGAAUUAAUAGGUUAUGGCUUCACUGUAAUCAGUAAUUCAUUGUCUAGUUAAGGAGUAAUGCAUGACCAUUUUCGAACAACAAUGGAAAAUGUACAGUUAACUAUGACUUGUUUUACUGGUUAAUUGGUUGUGGUCUAUAAGCUUGUUGCUCAAUGCUGGAUUACCUACUUUCAGAUGACUUCCUUGGUACCCAAAGUUCACAUACUGUUAGCCAUGAGGCAGGCCCUCUUAAAAAGUAUGAUGAAACAGUCAGGAGCGGAAAGCUGAAACUGGACAAAUAUCAACGGCAGAUUGUUGAGCAUCUACAAAGAUUGUAUGAUGAUGCAGUUAACUAUCAGCCAACUAGUUCUGGGUUUUUUAGUAAGGUUUUUAGAGUCAAUAGUAAACAAAAAGCCCCUGUUGGUCUUUAUCUCCAUGGCAGUGUAGGUUGUGGCAAGACAAUGUUGAUGGAUUUAUUUUAUGAUGAAAUUCCUGUGGAAAAGAAACAAAGAGUUCACUUUCAUUCAUUCAUGUUGGAUGUUCAUUCAAGUAUCCACAAGUUUAAAGCCAGACUUCCUCCACGAGACCCUAAGUCCAUAAGAGCCCAGCCAUAUGAUCCUAUUCCUCCAGUUGCUGAACAGAUCAGCUCCAAGUGGUGGCUUUUAUGUUUUGAUGAGUUCCAGGUAACAGACAUUGCUGAUGCAAUGAUUCUCAAGAGAUUAUUCACGGCACUGUUUGAACAAGGAGUUGUAAUGAUUGCUACAUCAAAUAGACAUCCAGACGAUUUGUACAAAAAUGGUCUUCAAAGAAGUAACUUCCUGCCCUUUAUACCUAUUCUUAAGAAACACUGCAAAGUUCUCAGCCUUGAUUCUGGAAUAGAUUAUCGCAGAACAGAUAUGGCUUUCAUCGGCAAAGUAUUCUUCAGCUCUCUUACUCCAGAAACAACUGGUGAAUUGGACUGGAUAUUUGCUACAUUAGCUCAACAACAAACGCAAGAAGACGCUGAAUGCAAUCCAGGUCCUAAAACAAUACAAGUGCUUGGCACAAGAAAGCUAACCGCACCGCGAACUUGUGGAAGAGUCGCUGAUUUCAUGUUUGAAGAGCUUUGUGCCCAGCCUUUAGGAGCAGCGGAUUAUUUGGCUUUGUGUGAGAACUUCGAUGUUAUCAUUUUACGAGACAUUCCCAGAAUGACAUUGUUUCAAAAGACAGAGGCCAGGAGAUUCAUCACCCUCAUUGACGCUCUCUAUGACAACAGGAUUCGUCUUAUAUGUUCAGCCGCGACCUCAGUCGGAGAUCUUUUCCUUGCAACUCCUCUAGCCACGAAUGAUGAUGAUUUCAAACGAAAACUAAUGGACGACCUGGACUUAUCAGCUUCCGAUGCUCAUUCAAGCGCCAUAUUCACGGCCGAGGAAGAAAUCUUCGCGUUUGAACGCACCAUUUCUCGCCUGACUGAGAUGCAAACCGAGCAGUACUGGAAAUGGCAAGGCUUCCGUAAAUCGUGGGAAGUGUUUAGCAGUUGACACGGGGAAAUAUUUUAUAGUUUAAUGCAAUUUUAGGAAAGGGGUAGUUUGACUGUGUGGCGGAAAGUCAAAUAGACGGAUUAAUAGUUAAAGCCUUUUUUGAAGAUCUGUUUUGAACAAAGCGUCUCUUGUCAUAAAUCAAUGCAGUUUUAAAACUUAAAAGUUUUAUAAUCCAACAGUUCUAUUCAAUUUUUUGAGCUUAAUAUUAAAUGUCAUAUAAGAUUCUUUUGACGAUUUCAAAGCCAAAACUCGCGCGGGAGAACUUUCCCUCGCUUUUCGCCAAAUUCAUUGGCAACUUACAUCUAUUUUGGACAUUGUUAAAUCGCUUUAAUUUAAUCUUCUUUUACCUCACACUUUUGCACAUUUAAUUGGAAAGCUCCGCCACUGUUCUUUGGUAUGAAUUUUAGAUUUAUGGACUGGCCAAAGUCAGUCACCUCACCACUGGCCUUCAAAAUAUACAAAAUCAAUUUAAAUUAUUUAAAUUAAUAUAUUUUCUUGUCUGAACUAGACAUAUUUUUCAAGGAGACAUGGGUACAAGUAUUGGUGGACCCACCAUGUUCUCAUUAGUUAGAAUGAAUAUUAUUAAGAUAUUUAUGGAAAUGUUCCAUGCAUGUCUAUAUUUCGUGAUGCUGGAUCAUAUUUUUUAACGUUGAUAUUUCGUAACAGGUUUACGUAAGAUAAGGUUAUUACUGAGGGAAACUUCGCUUUUUACAUUAAAGUUUUUCGAUCUUGAAACAUAUUUAAACGGUAAGAAUACUGUAGAGUGCAACGCCGAUUUUUGAAACCUCAAAAGGUAACGAAAAUUGGUUUGAAAAAUCAAGUAGUUCUUGAAAUCGGAGGUAAAAUAACAGUGUUUGACUUGGGGAAAAAUAUGACUUUUGGUUCGAGUUAUCGGAAGGUUCGAAAAAUCGAGGGUUCGAGAAACCGGGAUUAUAAUGUAUGCAUUUUACAAUACAAAACGUUAUUUCAUGUUAAUUGGUGAUAAGAAUGUUUCACAAGAAAUGGAAAUAUUGUAAUAUUUAUUGUGUAAUGUAUGGUUGUUCUGUUAAUGGCCAUUUACAGGCAAAGGGUCGAAUUUAUCUAUUAUAAUUAACCUGUUCAGAACUUUGUUUGUAGUAUAAUUUUAAAUAUUUUUUACCUUCCUCUACUAGAGCUGUUUUCAGUUGAGUGUCGUAAAACCAAAACCAA